UGCUGAUUGCUGUUUGCUGCUGCGUGAUGCAACUGAACGAAACCGUAGACCAGCAUAAAUACUUAUCAAAACACUACCCCGUGUACAAUGGUAUGGGUUGAUAGGGAGUGCAUCGUAAACAGUAUCGAAUUCGAAUAUACUGUUGCUUCGGAAGUGCACAGAUCACGAAGUCAGACCGAGAGGGACAAGGUUCCGAAGCACAUGCGCUUUGGUACAGCAUCCACACGAUAAGAGAAGUCUGUACCAAAAAUACAGUGACCAACCAGAAAUGUCGAUAGUUGUGCCAAAGCAAUCUUUACAUACAUCGUAGAGGUGAGUAUCGGAAUAAAAUAAUAAGCAAAAUAAGUAAUAUUUAUUUUGUAAUAUAAUUAACAGUAAAAUACUAAAAGAAUGUUUGCAUUUUUAAUGACAUACAUUGGAGCAUACCUGCCUGUGCUAACUAUCCGAAUGCUAUCGUUCCAUUGCAAAUACUGUUCUACCACAAAUUAUCUUCAUCUCAUCGUGAACGUGAACACAUUCAGUGUGCUCAAAGACUUCGGGUUGAAAGCAUACACGUUGCUCAAGAGCUUCCGUCUCUCCGUCUGAUUACGACUGGUGCCGGUCCUUUCCGAACGCGGAUGAAAAGUUUCGAGCGCGUAUGAUAGUCAAUUUUUGGCGCCUUUAAUCCCACUUAAGCCAAAGUUUGCGGUACGCGUAGAAGAAAAACAAGUUCAAUUCCUGUACAUCGGGUGUUCUACAUUGUAGGGUGCAUUUUUUUUAUUGACCACUUCGUACGGCGUGUUUGUGAAUACUGUGUGUGUUUUUUUUUCGACUUGUCUUACACCCCCUAGUGAGCAUUGUGUUUGAAACAGUUUGAAACCGCGGCUUGUGACAUUUGGUGAAAACGUGGCCCGGUUUGGUCAGCGGAAAAUUGAAUGUGGCGCGCAAAAAUUGUGCCGAUGAGCACUGGUGAAAGCAGACGUGGCUGACGGGCACAGUUCCAAAAUACACACACGCACACACACACACACCGUAACAUUUCUCCGUAACGAAUAUUCCAACGAGGCGGACGAAAUGUUUGGUAUUAAUUUGUUCAAUAGCAUGUUGACAGUUUUCGUAUUUGCACAAGCGUACCAUUCCGUGCACAUAACGAACCUAAACGUACCGAAGACGUACGUUCUCGAUCGCGGCACUUACGAUGCGGUCGGAACUGGCACACACCCGACGGUACAGCAUGGUGGCGAGGACGUUACCACAGGCCUGCCGAUGACAUCGACCACCGAGCAGCAUCAUACCGCCAUCGUGUCUACCGUGCCGGGCGAAAUGAACUUCACCGAUGCCGCCGGUCUGAAGCCACUCAUCAUGGACUGUCAGUACGAGAUUAAGGCACGCGAGUGUGGCUUCGUGCUCAAGUGGUACUUCAACAAGAAGCUCAUCUACCAGUGGAUACCGUCCCGGACACCGGUGGGAAUGAACCAGUUCAAGAACGAGCUGCAGACCAACUACUCGAUGUCCGAUUCCAUCAACUACAAGUACCGUGCCUUGGUGAUACGUAAUCCGAAGCUGAACCACAGCGGCGAGUACAUGUGCUCGGUACAGACGUACGAUUCGUUCGAUCGGCGAAUGGCACGGUUUCAGAUUGUCGUGCCCGAAAAAACGUUACUUCUACAUUACGAAAAUGAUGGUGAAAGUGAAACUAUGUUGCUAAUCAAAUGCAGCGUGUUCAUGAUAUAUCCGGAACCGAACCUUCUGCUGAUUGUCAGCGGUAAUCUAUUCCUGGUCAGUUCGCGCACAUUGGUCACUGCCGAUGCUAACCACAUGUACAAUAAGACCGUUUACGGGAAAAUCGAUAAACAUUUGCUCAUCUCACCGACCUCGAUCAGCUGCGUACUGACCGUACCCGAUUCCGGUUACAUCCGCAAGCGCGAAACCAUCUAUUAUGAUCCAACACCACUGACGAAAUGGAGUCGCCUACGGAUGGACGAACGGGGCCACUUUCAGCUGCUUUCCGAUGAUGGUGCAGGCCAAUUAAAUCCACUUGCCGGUUGGUUGAUUAGUUUAAUUGUAUUUCUACAGCGCGCUGUUCUCUGGCGACACGAUACGGAUUCAAUCAAAUAGGAACGAACGAAUCGAACCAUACGUAGAAGGUUUUGUAUUUCAUUUAGAUGAUUUGUUAUUCUUCCGAUAGGUAAAAAAAACCGUGUAAUGCGAUGCUAGUGGUAGAAAGAAAAAGUAAGCACAAAAAAACACAUCAGUAUGUUGGUACGUGUGAUUAAGAAUGAUGACAAUUGAUCAAACAAAAGAUAACAAAUAGGUAAGUUUAAAUCAUAUAAUACGCUAUGUCAUUCUAUUGCUUAAAUUAGAAUUAUUCGUGGUUUUUCUUCUUCUUUUGGUGUAUUAUCAAUGUUAAUUAUGAACCACUCUGCAUUAUAGUUAAUCUUUUACGAGUGCCCCGGAUGGAACUUUGAGAUUUCAUCACUGAAUUUAUUUUUACAUCAUUUUAAUACAUAUCUCUGAAAGAAAAUGGACAUAUUUUAUAGCAAUAAUAUAGUGUGUUGUUGCACAAAAUCAGUAUUGGCAUUAGAGAAUAAUUAAAUAUGUCUUAAUAACAAUAUUUUUCUAAUAGUACAGUAUUGUUUUAAUUUUUAAAUUGUUUAACUAUGAUUUUAAUUUAAUUAAUUAUUUAAAAUCUUAUUUUCGGAAUCAAACUAAAGAGAUUUAGGUUGUAAGUGUCGUGUUCGAAAGGAAAAUGCUGAGAAGGAUGUUUGGCUUCCGGAAGGAAAAUAGAGAAGCCGCUAUAAUGGCAAGAUCUUUGAGUUAUAAGAUGAAGUCACUAUCGUACAGCGAAUUAAAUUCGCCAGGUGUAACGAAUGCGACAAAAAUCAUAACGUACGCGUGAGAAAAUCAGGACCAUCGAAAAA